UAAUAAAUAGAAUGUGGAAAUUAAAGGAAAUAUUUUGUGCAGUUUUUAAAAUUAUAGAAAAUUGGUUGCAGAAAUCACAGGACAAAUUUCGUAUCUCUUGUUUAAUGCAAAGAAACAUAAUUGCUCAUACAAGCAAAAACGAACCCUACAAAUGUUUUCUUUGACUCCAAUAACUAUAAAAAUAAAAUAAAAAUUUAUCAAUAUUUACAACUAAAUGUUAUUAUUUGAUGAGAGUAAAUAUAAAGUAAGCCUGCAUAGAAAGAAUAAAUAGAUAUUUAAACGAAUGCCACUGGGCGUGAAACCCGAGUGCGUAAAAUGUGGCAGCAAGGAGACCCCGUUGUGGCAUACAACGGCGGUCGGUAACGUAUGUAAUUAUUGUCUUGAAAACAAGCAGUCAAAUAUAUCUGAACAACGAAACAAUAAUAAUAAUGACGAUAACCAACAACUGGAGAAGUUGGUAAAGCCUGCACGCAAAAGUACACGCGUUACCAGAUACAAUGGCAAGGUUAAUAAGACUCUUAGUCAACCACACAAUGUUAAGAAUAUACUUAAGGGAAAAGGUCGCAGACACAUAUUUAAAAAGAUGCCAAUAAAAUCUCCAUUAGCCACAGCAACACCAGUGACUACUAGUUAUGUUUUUUAUAAAGGCUCUUAUUUUCAAAUUGGUGAUAUAGUAUCAAUGCAAGAUAUUGAUGGAGGUAUAUAUUAUGCUCAAAUUCGUGGUUUACUUACCGAUCAAUAUUGUGAAAAAAGUGCAGCAAUUACAUGGCUCUUACCUACUGCAACUAGCCCACCUCCAGAAGAUGGAUUUAGUCCAGAAACAUAUAUCAUUGGUCCAGAAGAAGAUUUACCACGCAAAUUGGAAUACAUGGAAUUCGUUAUGCAUGCACCAUCAGAUUAUUAUAAAUUAAAAAACAGCCCUUACCCUCCCAUACUCACCGAAGGAGGAACAGGCUAUAUUUGGACAUCACUUAGAAAUGAAACUAAUGUGAAAAAAUAAUUCCAGUGAUGUUUAAUUUUGUAAAUGUCGAUUUUAAAGUGUAUGCAAGCAAUAGUCUGUGAUCUUAACAUAACUGUAUUAGCAUUAGUAAUUGUUUACCAUUUCGUUUUAGAUAUUUGAAAAAAUGUCAUCAAAAAGAAUAUUAAUAUAAAUACUAAUAUGGAUUAGCUAAU